AUGUCAUCAAUUACCAUUACACCAAAACCAAUAACAUAUGCAACAACAACAACAAGUAAUUUACCUAUUAUUAAUUUACCACCAAUGCGUCCCUUAUAUUUACAAUCGAAAUUACCACCACAACAACAACAACCAUCAUACCAUCACCUUAAACAACAAAUACAACAUAAACCAAUGUUAUACGGUUCAAAUACUCGAAAACAAAAUUACUUACAUAAAUUUCAAACAGGUACGACAACAACUUUUAAUGGAUAUACUAAUUUUUUAGGUACACGUACUACAAAUUUACCACCAACACCAUUACCACGCCAUAAUUUACCACCUCCACCACCACCAUGUACAACAUACCACCAUAAUCAUCAUUAUAAUCAUUAUAAUCGUUUAAAUAAUAAUCGUUAUUACCAAUAUCGUCGCUAUUAUAAUAAUAAUAUUAAGUAUACAAAUACCCAAAAUUUACCAUCAUUACUUGAAUUAAACCCGUUCCAUUUACCAUCAUCUCAACAUACCCGUUCAUUUAAUAAUGCUCAACAAUUUCACCCCAAUCAUCAACAACAACAUUAUCCACGUUCAUUAUCCUGUACUCGAUUCCAUCUUUUAUCCCUGUUACCAUCAAAAUCACGGUUCCGUUCCCAUUCUUAUCAACGUCCAACUCCACCACCAAUUAAACCCCGUCGUAUCCAUCAACAACAAUAUAAUCGUCCCCAUUACCAACAACAACAUCAUCGUCCGCAAUACCAACAACAACAACAUCAACGUACCCCUUCACCAUCAUUUAAUAUUAACAAUAACAACAACAUUAAUAAUUACAAUGAAAUUAAACAUACAUUAAAAGGCAUUAUAUUAUCCGAUUCCAUGUGUUCCAGAUUACGUAUAUAUGCCAUUAAAAAAUUACCAUUAUAA